AUGACCCCAGGGAGACCCUCUCUCUGCCUGCUGCCUUAGUCUCCCACUCCGAAGCAGGCCCCUCCCGUGGUGCUGACACCCCCCAAGACCGAGCACUGACCUCAGCAGAGUUCUGCCAACCAACCACACCUGAGGAAGAGGAAGAGGGGCCCGGCCAGGAACCCCAUCCCGUUGAACCGGAGCAGUUCGAGAACCUCCUGAACAUCCUAGUGGCCGACUUGGUGUACUGGCGGGACACCCGCAAAUCCGCCUUGGCAUUCACGGCGCUGAUGGUGGCCCUGCUCUGCCUGAUGCACUUCAGCAUCAUCAGCGUGGCCUCCUACCUUUCCCUGGCCGCCCUCGGCAUCACCAUCUCGCUCAGGGGAUACAGCAAGGUGCUGCAGCUGGUCCGCCGGGGAGACGGGCACCACCCCUUCCAGCACAGAUCGACCAGUAUGUAGAGCUGGUGAGGAACCAGUUGAGUAACCUCAGAGCAAAGAUGCUGUCCAAAUUGCCGACGGCAAAAGCGAAGGCGGAGUGAGGGGCCUCGCUGGCGGUUCUCUUCCCUGCACACACACAGAUGCGAACGACAACGCACACCCUGCUUCUUCUUCUUCCUCCUCUUCUUCUUCUCCCUCACUUCCCUCCUCCCCAGCCGUUGCAUAGUGACCCUUCCUCUCCCAGUCUCCUUGGCCUGGAGGGGCUGGGCAGUUGCUGGUUUUCCUUCAGCUCCCCCCAAGAAAUUGGGGGACCCCUUGCAAGGGGAAUGGGGGGAGACCAUCAUCCCUUUGCAUCUCAGCCCUGCCGUUGCAGAGGCUCCGGGAAGCUGCUAAGGGCUGCCUCUUUCCCUCCUGGGGGUGGGGGAGGUGGGCUGAGAGAAGCCCCCCCUCCCCAGGCCCACAGCCAAGGAUUUGUCAACCAGGAGCCAAGGGGCUAGUAUCCCACGCUUCUUUCUCCCUCCCUGUCCUGGCGACUUCCUCCUCCUCCUCCUCUUUCUCCUGCCUGUAGUAUUUGUCCCGGGUCCCGAGUUGAGGCCGGCCAACCUGGAGCAUCCUUCCCUCUUGAGGAAGGGAAGCCGCUCGAGGUUGGGCAGGGCCCCCUCUGCCCCCUUCCUGUGGGAUGUUGUAGCUGUCACCCCCUGCCUCUCGUCACGGGCCAGGCUGUGGCUUGGCUGGUCAGCUGGCGGGUUGCCUGGAUAUUUACACUUUAAUAAAAACAGUUGUGAGAAAAAAAGGGGUAC